AUGCCCGAGUCUCCUAGCGAGUUCUUGGAUCUGGAUCAGGAUCAGAUCCAAUCUAUCCGGCGCUCGGCCACCCUUCCACCCAAGCUAAACCCUCACGCGCAACGUAUUUCACCGGCGCCAAAUCUUUCGGAAAAUGUCAUAUUCUAUCAUCCUUCCGCUAAAAUCGUCCACUUUGCGCCUAGAGCCCUAGUCCCAAUCCCUUCAAGUUCUGCCCCAUCCGAUUUCGAUUACCCCGUUGAUACCAUUGAGACCCUGCCUUGGCGCUCUGCUGCAGAGCGGACUGUCGCAACCGCUCCUCUGAGGCUGGAAAGGAUCCAUGGAAUUACAGCAUUCCUAAAAUGUGGAAACGUUGUUCACGCCAUUUUGAAAAACUCCCAGUGCUGGUGUGUAGAUGGGGUGUCCAAGUUUGUCUUGCGCAUUCGCCCACUUACCUACUACCGCAUAGAGCUGCCACAUGAGACUGAAGACAAUCAAAAACUGGUGGGGGAUUUGAAGACUGCGUUACCUACAGUUCUGCGAUAUGAGGUCACGCCAUGUCCCUUCAAACGUGCGUUUACGGUUGAUCUCCCCGAGUAUGCAACAGCACCCAGGCGCAAGAAAGCAUGGCAACCCAAACGGAAAUCCUUGGUCACAGGGAGGAGCCAAGCUUCCCUUGCAGAAAUAAAACUGGAAUUUCCGGAGUAUGGCAGUGCGGGAGAGGAUACCGAUGGCACCACUACGGACGAAAGUAUAGUGACCUACUUCGGAGCCAAUAGCAAAAAAUCCGAAACGUUUGCUGCUGAUGAUUUAUCCCCAUCUACUUCUAGCGCAUGUGAAUUUCCGAAGAUCAAACCUCUUAAACGAUCAGUGACAGACACACCCCAGACUUUUACCAGCUUGCGAGCCAAAUUUGAUGCGACCCCUGUUCGGCAGAGCGAGGCAGUUGCCGAGAUUUCUUCUGUCCUAGAAUCACGCACUGAACCGACAUCCGAGUUUGAAUCGGAAAAGCUCGAGCUCGACGCUAUUGUCGAAGCCGAAGCUGAAUCUGAACGCAAAUCUCAGCCUGUAUCUGAGACUAAGCCACAUGUCAUGCUUCAAUCUGAAAACGAAAGUAAAUCUAAGCCGGAGGUUAUCGUGAAAGCGGCCGUUGCAUCCAUAGACGAAGCGACCGCUGGGAUUCCGUUUCUGGAUGGAAUAAACGGCGGUGUUGAAGCUGAGAUGGACAGUCUUGCUGUUACUAAUCUAUCCGAGGCCGACCAUCCUCGAGUAUGUGAUGAAUUUAGAACAACUAGCCCCGCUUUGGAAGCGACUUACGAGCCCAACUUGAAGGUAGAGGCUAAUGCUAAAACGGCUAGCACUCCACCUAGAACUGGAGCCAUGACCAAGUUGAACCUUGAAAUUGGUCACCAAAUCAAGUUGGAGGACAUCAAAUUGGAGGAGGGCAUAUCCAGAGUGGAUACCAAACCCCAAGCUGAUAACUACAUCUCGGUAGCAUCCAGCCCCGAUUCAUUUCAUUCUGCUGGUUCCCCCUCUCGAUCAACUUCUGUGUUGGAUCUCGCUACUCCCGUGGAAUACGAUGACUGGGCCCAGAAGCAUUAUGAAACUAGUUCAGCAUCGUCUACAAUACCACUUUCUGGAGACAGUCAGCUGUCUUUGACUCAAAAUCUUGAAGCUCCUUGUCAUAGCGUUUCGGACAAGCCAUAUCCAACCCGAGAAUGCAUCUCAACGUCUUCUCUCAGCAUCCCUUCGAGCAAUCAGAUGUCACAGAAAGAUACAUCUCUAGAGACAUCUCCCACCACAGAUUUUACCCACAUGAGUGUCGAGUUCCGUCGGCGAAAUCGAGCAACACGAACACGGGAUUUCUCCCCGAUGCCGCCCAUUUCCACUUUAUACAGGCCGCCAUCACCAACUAAGGAGGCUGUAUCAAUGGUCUCCAAAGCGCUAACCCUUGUUCUGGUGCCACCGAUCUCUCUUUUUAUAAUAUUAAUGCACAUUGCCGCGCGCAUUGUCAUUAACCAAACCAGCAACUCUAACUUCGAGUCGAGCUCGAAAUUUCAGCCUCUUAAAUCGCCUCUUAUCGAUGAUUUCAGCUUCCCCUUGGAGCGCGAAUCUUCUGAAUAUGAGAAUGCAGAAAUAUCCAAGAAAUCAGAUCCUUGGGAUCUCGAUUAA